AUGGAAGAAGACAAGAAUGGCGACCAACCUGUGCAGAAGGCAAAGAAGAUUGACUGUGAUCCCACAGAUCCAGCCUACCUUGACCAUUUGUUGGACAAUAUUGACAAGAAUGCCUUUGAUCCAUACCUCAAAUGAUAUAUUUGAAAAGGGUUCCUUAGGGAUGCUCAUACUAUAAUCGAGUGUGGUGACACUUUUUGAAAGAGUUGUGUCUGAUUCUACUUUUCUUCUGUUAAAACUUCAGUCUCUUGCCCUGUUUGAAAGGAGGAUUUGGGAGGAAGGCCUCUCGAUCAUGUUGUUCCAGAUCCUUCUAUCCAGAAAAUUGUCGAUAUCCUCUAUCCUGAAUUUAAAGAACUCGAUAUAAAAGCUAUCAAUGCUAUGUAUAAAGCAUUCGAGGAUGAAGGAGGCCUUCCAAUUGAUAGAAGCCUUAAAGAACAAUAUAGAGAAAUCGAUUUUAGUAAAUAUAAAGUUUCAGAUGAUCCUAUGUAG